GGCAACACUGUCGAAGCAGUGCAUUUUGAUAAAAACAAAAACAUACUCGGUUGCAACGUUUGUGAAUUCCAUUAAAUAUAACUUAUUCCAAAUAAUAUCUUUUCGGACAUGCUAUAGUUUUUAAAAUAGCAUAAUCUCAGCGGAAAAUGUAUGUGCAAGGCAUUGAAGCUAUUAAACAAUAUAUGCCUAAAGACAACUCACAAAUUUCUACAGAUAUAAAGGAAGAGCGAGGCCAAGAAUUAAGCACAACCGACACAAUGUCAUCGGCAGAACGGUAUAGAGACGAGUGGGAAAAUCUGUUAAAAAUAUUGGACGAAGAUCCUGAAUAUAUACGCGAGCAAGCAUUUGAAGGUGAUUUAAAAGUAUCCAAGUUCCGUAGUAUUUAUUGGUCAUUAUUGCUACGUGUUUUAAAUCCUGAUUACCGUAGUUGGAAAGAUCAACGAGAGAAACAAAGGAAACGGUAUGAAAAAUUGAAAGAUGAGUUUAUAAAAGAUCCACAUGAUAACACAGUGCCUGAUGAUAAUCCACUAUCACAAUCGGAAGAGAGCGUGUGGAAUCAGUAUUUUAGUGACAGGGAACUCUUUGCUGUUAUAAGCCAAGAUGUUAUUCGAACAUUCCCCGGUGUGGAUUUUUUUCGUAAGCCGUUAAUACAAAAUGCCAUGUGUAACAUCCUUUUCUAUUACGCACGUGAACAUCCUUAUAUGUGCUACCGCCAAGGUAUGCACGAAAUUCUCGCACCAUUAUUAUUUGUUUUUUAUGGCGAUCAGCAGUCACUGCUGCAUUUCUCGGAAAUAGCACAAAAUCAAACAAGUGAACUUCUCUUAACCGUGCUGAAUCCAGAUUACUUGGAAGCUGAUACCUACUCUUUAUUUUCACGUUUGAUGUCUUCCAUUGAGUCUUACUAUCGAAUAAAGAACUUCACACAACCGGCACACAAUCGUGGUGGUAUGCACAGUGAUCCAAAUCAUAGCAUGGGAACCGGUGUAGAAAUCAUAAGUCAACUAAUAUCAAUUCGUGAGAAAAUUCUUGCCAAGGAAGAUUUGCAUUUGCACAAUUACCUAUUGAAACUCGAUAUACCGUUACAUAUAUUUGGAAUUCGUUGGCUACGUUUACUAUUCGGCCGAGAAUUUGCACUGCUCGAUUUGUUGGUAAUUUGGGAUGCGAUAUUCGCAGAUAGCGAUCAUUUCGAUUUGCCAAACUACAUUCUAGUGGCAAUGCUAAUACGCAUACGUGAUAAGUUACUGCUAAGUGAUCAAACAAGUUGCCUUACAUACUUGAUGCGUUAUCCGACCAAUGUUGAUGUGAAUUUAAUUCUGCGUCAUGCAUUGCACAUGCUUAAGCCGAAAAGAUUUGAACGUCCCACUAAUGCGUUCAUUUAUUUUACGAACAACAAGAAAAAGGGUGGUAUACAAAACUCACGUAAUCUCAGUGCUAAUUCUGGUAAUUUAGAGUCUUCCAAUAAAUCGCCAAAAGGUAGUUCAACUGCAACAGGUGAUAACUAUUCGAAGAUGGAACAGCACAUUGUAAAGUUGCAAGCACAAAAUGCCGCUGAUUCUGCGGCACGUUUUCGGAAAGACGUCCCAGCAGAGGGAAACGCCAUCGCUGAAGGGCUUUCGAAAAAUAGUCAAGAACUGAUUAAUUUGGAAUUAAGAAAUGCUGAAACCAUAAUAUCUAUAGCCCGAAACAAACUUCAACUCUAUGUAGCCACUAUGAAAAAUCAUAUCGAUGGAAAUAGCUCGCGGGAGUUAUUGCAAGCGCUGGAUGGUGUUGAGGAAUUAUGCGAUUUUCUAGAUGUUAAAUUCGUAUUUCCAAUUCAUGCGGCCAAACCGCCUAUCGAUGAAGCGCUGGAAGCAAAUGAGCAAUUGAAUUCGAAGAAAGAUCGUUGGAAAAACUAUAAUAGUGGGGAGGGUGUUGCUAUGGCUGCUACUGUUGGCUUCAAUCAAGCCGAUAGCAGUGAACAUCGAAAAGAUCUUCAAAAACCACACAUAAUUGUUCCAGAUAAAGAAUUCCUUACGGAAUUUUCUGCGCUUGGAAUCAACGCCUAUGAACGUCCAGACGAAAACAUUUCAUCAAAUCCGUCGCAUUUGCUUGGCAGCAGCCGUGAAAUUGAAUUGAUAACUAUCGAACCUUCCGAAUGCGUUGUGGAACCAGUUGAUGAAGACCAACCUGGGAAUACAAGUAAUCAAGGCUCGGAGUCGUCAAAUAGUAGUAAGACAUCUGAAAGAUCUGAAUUGAGCCAAUGAUUGUGUAUGUACUUAGUACAAAUAUCAUACAUACAUUUGUAAAAACUGUUUUGAAUACGUUCACAAAAUCUUUUUUAUUAAUUGCAAUUUUUAUUAAUGCAAUUUUGUUUGUAUUUUUUUGGAAUAUACUUAAGUCACAUAAAAGUUGUUUUCACUUUGCUUGGAGAGAAAUGAAUAUAUUUGGUCUGACGAACGUUUUAAAA